UCAGAAGCGGAGGAGGGUUGUUUUGGCUGGUUCCGCUUGAAUAGUUCGGUGUGUUUUGUUCUGAGCCCUCUUUCUGAGUGUUGUGAGGGGCACACCGAAGUUGCGACAUGCAUGCAGUGACCUACGAUGAAGUGCAAGUGAACUUCACUCGGGAAGAAUGGGCUUUGCUGGAUCCUUCACAGAAGAGUCUCUACAAAGAUGUGAUGCUGGAGACCUACAGGAACCUCACAGCUAUAGGCUGCAAUUGGGAAGACCGUAAUACUGACAAACAUUGUCAAAGUUCUAGAAGACACAGAAGGCAUGAAAGAUGUUAUACUGGAAAGAAAUCCUCUGAAUAUACUCAAUGUGGUAAAGUCUUUGCCUGUCACAGUUAUCCUCAAAAGCAUGAAACAGUUCAUUCUGGAGAGAAACCCUAUGAAGGUAUUCAAUAUGGUGAAGUCUUUGUACAUCCCAGUAGUCUCCAAAUACAUAAAAGAACACAUACUAGAGAGAAACCCUACAAAUGCAAUCGAUGUGAUAAAGCUUUUGCAUAUUAUAGUCAACUUCAAAGGCAUGAAAGAAUUCAUACUGGAGAGAAACCUUACCAAUGUAAUCAGUGUGGUAAAGCCUUUCUAUAUCUUCAUGAACUUAAAAGACAUGAAAGAAUUCAUACUGGAGAGAAGACCUUCAAAUGUAAUGAAUGUGGUACAGCCUUUGCAUGUCACACUAGUCUCCAGCUACAUAAAGCAAUGCAUUCUGGAGAGAAACCUUAUGAAUGCAAGCAAUGUAAUAAAGCCUUUGCACAUCAUAAUCAACUUCAAAGGCAUGAAAGAAUUCAUACUAGAGAGAAAGCUUACAAAUAUAAUGAAUGUAGUAAAGCCUUUGCAUGUUAUACUAGUCUCCAACAACAUAAAGCAAUGCAUUCUGGAGAGAAACCUUACCAAUGUAAUCAGUGUGGUGAAACCUUUACAGACCAAAUUCAUCUCCAAGUACAUAAAAGAACACAUACUGGAGAGAAACCAUACAAAUGUAAUCAAUGUGAUAAAGCCUUUUCACGACAAAGUCAUCUCCAAGUGCAUAAAAGAACACAUACUGGAGAGAAACCGUACAAAUGUAAUCAAUGUGAUAAAGCCUUUUCACGACAAAGAUAUCUCCAAGUGCAUAAAAGAACACAUACUGGAGAGAAACCGUACAAAUGUAAUCAAUGUGGUAAAGCCUAUAAAUGUUGUGGUGGUCUCAAAAAACAUAAAAUACUAACACAUACUGGCGAGAAACCUUAUGAAUGUAAUCAAUGUGGUAAAGCCUUUCCAUAUCUUUCUGAACUUAAAAGACAUGAGAGAAUUCAUACUGGAGAGAAGCCUUACAAAUGUAAUGAAUGUGGUAAAGCCUUUGCAUUUCACACUAGUCUCCGGCUACAUAAAGCAAUGCAUUCUGGAGAGAAACCUUACAAAUGUAAUCAAUGUGGCAAAGCCUUUUCACGACAAAGCUAUCUCCAAGUGCAUAAAAGAAUACAUACUGGAGAGAAACCUUACAAAUGUGAUCAAUGUGGUAAAGCCUAUAAAUGUUGUAGUAGUCUCAAAACUCAUAAAAUAACACAUACUGGAGAGAAACCCUAUGAAUGUAAUCAAUGUGGUAAAGUCUUUGCAUAUCACAGUAUUCUCCAAAAACAUAAAAGAACACAUACUGGAGAGAAACCCUAUGAAUGUAAUCAAUGCAGUAAAGCCUUUCCAUAUCUUCGUGAUAUUAAAAGACAUGAGAGAAGCCAUACUGGAGAGAAGCCUUACAAAUGUAAUGAAUGUGGUAAAGCCUUUGCAUGUUACAAUAGUCUCCAAAUACAUAAAGCAAUGCAUUCUGGAGAGAAACCUUAUGAAUGUAAGCAAUGUAAUAAAGCCUUUGCGCAUCAUAUUCAACUUCAAAGGCAUAAAAUAAUUCACAUUGGAGAGAAGCCUUACAAAUGUAAUUAAUGUGGUAAAGCCUUUUCACGACACAAUUAUCAUCAAAUACAUAAGAGAAUACAUACUAGAGAGAAAUCCUAUGAACAUAAUCAAUGUGGUAAAGGUUUUGCAGUUCAGAGUGAUCUUAAAAAGCAUGAAGUAAGUCAUACUGGAGAGAAACCUUAUGAAUGUAACCAAUGUGGUAAAUCCUUUACAGAUCACAGUGAUCUUCUAAGGUGUGAUGAUUUGAAUAUCCUUGGCCCAUGGCAAGUGGAGAAAACAAGGGUUCCCACUUUCCUGACUCUUAUUCAAGAUGGUACUGAAAAAUCUUAGCUAGAACAAUAUAAAGCAAAUCAAAGGAAUAUAAAAUGGAAAGGAAGAAGUCAAAGUAUCUUUAUUUUCAGAUAAUAUAAUUCUAUACCUCAAAGAUUCUAAAGACUCCACCAGAAAAACCUAAAGAAUGGAUAAAUAAUUUCAACAAAAUGGCAGAAUACAAAAAUGACAUAUAAAGUCAGUAGCCUUCUUAUAAAACAAUGAAAAGUAUACUGAGAAAGAAAUCAGGGACAUAGUCCCAUUCAUAAGACUUUAAAAAAUUCAAGCAAAAAAAAAAAAAUCUCUUGAAUUAAACCUGACCAAGGAAGUGAAAGACCUCUAUAAUGAAAACUUUAGAUACUGCCGAAAGAAAUUAAAGAAGACACUAGAAGAUGGAAAGAACUUACAUGCUCAUGGAAUGUCCAUACUUCCAAAAUCAAUCUACAGAUUCUAACCCUAACCCUAACCCUACAGAUUCAGUGCAACCCCAAGAGAAAUUAAGGGGGGUGGAGAAUAUUAUCAAAAUAUAUGCAUGCAUGCAUGAAAACACUAUAGUAAAUCCCAAUAUUCUCCCUCUCUGUCCCCCUCCCCCUCUCCCUCUUCCUCUCCAUCUCCUUCCCUCCCCAGCCCCCAUUCCCCAUGGGAACGUCCAUGGCCUUGGUUCUUGGUGCCAGUGAACUUCCUACCAAGAAAGAAUCUUCCUAAUAACCUGCCCUAAAUAUAUAGGUGUAACCCUCCUGGCUUGAGGCCUACCACUCAUAAACACACCUCUCUGCCCACCGCCUGCUAUUUGCCAUGCUUCCAACCUGGUUCCAGUUACAUCGGAAGUCUCACCUCCACAGAAACAAAAAGAAGCCACUGAUUGGGCUGGCAUUCUGAUGAACUUGUGGGAGGGAUUUACCUCACCUUUUCUAACUGUUGGCUGGUAACAAGCAGGGCAUUAAAAUUCAAGGUGGUUGAGCGGUCAC